AUGGUCGCUAUGCUGUAGUAUUUUGGGCUCUCCAUGGAUAUUUCGUCCCUACCAAUAAAAUAGUCACCAAGGACAGUUCUGGAAAAUCCAGUGUGACUAAAUUCACCAUCAAGGAUUCCCAAGAAUCUUUUUUGUAUAUUGGAAAUUGCCAACAACAAGUAGAAGAGCACAUACGGUUUUUGAAAUCGAAGAAGAAAUCGAUUCAACUGUGUAUCUUAUGUACUGGAGAUGACAUAAAGUACCCAACAGACAUAUCUGUUUAUUUUGAUGAUAUCAGAUACCAAUUUUUACAUAUACUCCGGGCUGUAGAUAUAUGUUAUAAAAUCAUUUAUUUAUUUGAUCUUGAUUUUCCUUUAGAAUCAGAAAUGUUUUGGAAUUUUAUAGAACUCUUUUUUUU